CCCAGCCGCCCGCCGACUUUUCGUGAUGGAGGUUCAACUGGACCGCCGGGAUAUUGAUGAACAACAACAUGAUACCACGCCCGCGUCCACCUCCACGCCCACUGCAGCCCAAGACGAUCCUGCCAGCGCUGCCGACGCGUCUGAUGCCGCGCAGAGCCAGAAUGAUAAUCAACUCAACGUCGAUGGAAAUGCCCGCCUCGCUUUUGCAUCCGCUGAGCAGACGCCUGCGCCCAACACCAGCGCCGACGAUGAAAGUAUCAUCGUAGGCCCGCCCACGAAGCGUCGCAAGCUCGACGACCUAAACUCUCGCUCCUCGUCCUCACGCGCACCUUCUCCUCCGUGGAAAUCAUUCGCAGCCGACGGCCCCACUACCGUUUUCGAUAAUGGCGUGAGGAAGUCGUCGCGUGUGAAUAGGGAUCCGCCGCCACCUCCUCCGCCCCAGCCUUCGAAACGAUCCGCCCGAACCACAAUCGCUGCCAAAGGCAGCCGUGCGAGUAUAAGCGUCAGCGCAAGUACGAGCGCAAAUGGGACACCGAGAGCCUCUGCCAGGCACCAACCUGUUCCGCGACCUGCGCCCGCUUCCUCAAAGGGGAAGCAGGCACCCGCAAGCUCGAAAAAGCAAUCUGCUCCUACGCACUCCCCGACGCGCAAGUCGGCCCGCCAAAGAAAUUCAUCCGCUCUCGGCCCUGCCGCCUCUCCCGCCUCUCCCGCUGGCAGAGCUGCUGCCCCCGAAAUAUCGAGGAAGCGUCCCCUUCGAGGCCGGCGCGCGACCCAGACAUCAAUCGAUGACGUAGACAAGAACGGGUUGAGCUCACCUAUAGCAGACUCAUAUCUAGAUAGCCAAUAUAGCCCCACGCAUGAUGGAAACUCGUCUUUCCCCGGUCCUCGCUUGCGUAUACGACUUCGCAAAGUCGAUCCUCCGAACCGUCAUCCCAGCCACGCGUCUGUACCGCCCAAACAUGCAUCUUUCGCGGACUGGUUACAACAGGACGAUCCACUGGAAGGGGACGAGGGGCAGCGGAUUACAGAUGAGCAGGCCAAGGAAGAAGCCAGACGCCGUCUGCGCGUUGUCGAGGCUGCGGAGAACGGCGUGCUUAGCCAAGGGCGAUGCAGUAUCUUCCGGCCUGAACCCGCUGAGGAGCCCCCGCCACAAUAUGGUCAUUGGGAUCAUGUCGUAGCCCACGCUUUACACUUCAACAAAUUGCUACGAGAUGAAGGUCUUCUCCAUCGCAAACAAGCAAAAACUCUUGCUCGCGAAGCUGUGGAUUACUGGAAAACAAAGUUCAAGCGGAAAACACAGGAGGAAAUCGAUCAGGAAGAGGCGGAGCGCUCUUUGGUGCGGUACAAGCAGCUAGUAAAAGAUGUCAAGGACGCCUGGGCGAUGGUUAGGACCGAAAUCGAUAAGGAGCGCGUAGCCAAAUGGGAAGAAGAGCAACUGCAACUUGGACACAAAGCCAUGGACGACAUGUUUAACCAGGCCCAAGAAAUUCUAGGUCGCAACGUUGUGGACUCUGCCUCUUCGUUUGUUAGCGAAGAUCGAGAUACGGAGGGCGAAGGUCCGGAUUUCGAAAGUGCCUCUGAAACCUCUGACCAAGUGAACGGAGAUGAAAACAUGUCUUCUAGCUCAGAUAGCGAAGCGGGCGCUGAUAACGAUGAAGAUGCUAACCUAACGGCCGAGCAAUUGCGGGCUAAGUAUGGGGAGCUCCCGGAUCUUCCAGAUGAAUCUGAUUCCAAUGAAGAGAUAGGGGAGGAUGAUGAGGAAGAAACUGACGAUGCAGAUGAAGGCACACCGGCACCGACUCCCGAUCCAGACCUAGAAAUGCGAGAUGGAAGUGAGACACCAAAGCCUGAACAAGCCUUGACGAAUGGAUUUCAUCAUCCAGACCAGGAAGACGAAAUUAAGCCCGGCUUUAUCGAUCCAGCCACAGUCGAGCUCGAGAAUGUAGAUGAUGCGCUUUUAGACUCUGAAGAGGAUAACGCCAAUGGUUCUGGAUCUGGUAGUGAGGCCUGGUCGAGCGAUCAAGAGGAUGAAGAUGAAGACGGAAGUGAUGAUGAACAAUCUGAAUCUGGCUCGGAAGAUGAAGAGGAUGCGGGCAUGAUGGGAUUUCUGGCACCUAGUGAUCUUAAAAAGCUGAAAGAUGCCGCCAAGUCUGUCGUGAACCAAAAUAACAUCGAAAUGGAGGCUCCCGCUGUCAACGGAACCAACGGUCAUCAUCACGACGACGACGUACAAUCCGCUAAAGAACAUGACCAGGCCAAUGGCGAAUCGCAUAUGGAUAUUGAGAAGCCACACACAAACGGUGACUCGGCUGCUAAUCACCCAGAACCUUCGAUUGAAGUGGUCGAGCCCGAGGCCGAAUCAGAGCCAGUGCAGGAUAUAGUACACGGGAAACACAUCUCACAAAGCGUUUCACGCCGGUCAUCUUCGCCCCCGCAAACCGAGAUUCCGUCCUUGCUGCGGGGAACACUCAGAGAGUAUCAGCAUGGCGGGCUGGACUGGCUUGCUAAUCUGUAUGAUUCUGAGACGAACGGAAUUCUUGCCGAUGAAAUGGGUCUUGGGAAAACCAUUCAAACAAUUUCACUUCUCGCCUAUAUCGCCGUCAACCGAGAAAAAUGGGGCCCGCAUCUGGUAGUCGUCCCUACUAGUGUGAUGCUCAACUGGGAGAUGGAGUUCAAGAAGUUCUUACCGGGUUUCAAGAUUCUGACCUAUUACGGUGACAUCAAUGAACGCAAAAGAAAGCGUAUCGGGUGGCGCAACACAGGGCGGGAUAUGAUCAACGUUGUCAUCACAUCAUACCAGCUGAUCCUACAAGAUGCUGCGGCGUUCAAGAUGCGAGCUUGGCAGUACCUCAUCCUCGAUGAAGCACACAACAUCAAAAAUUUCAAGUCCCAGCGCUGGCAAACGAUGUUGAACCUACGGACAGAGCGACGUUUACUACUGACGGGAACGCCACUUCAAAACAACAUCGACGAAUUGUGGUCACUGCUCUAUUUUCUGAUGCCUGCUGGCUUUGCUGGAGAGGGACGUAUAGCAGGGUUGGAAGAAUUCACGAUGGCUUUGAAGAAUCCUACUUCACAAAUUCUGGAUCAAGGCCGGCAACAGCUGGAUGCAGAAGCCCAAAAGAUUGUGAAGAAACUCCACGAGGUACUGCGGCCCUACCUCCUACGUCGACUCAAGGCAGAUGUUGAGAAGCAAAUGCCCGGGAAGUACGAACAUGUGGUCUAUUGUAAGCUUUCAAAGCGUCAACGCCAAUUGUACGAUGGAUUCAUGGGACGUGCUUCUACCAAAGAAAUUCUCUCUUCGGGAAACUACAUGUCGAUCAUCAACUGUCUGAUGUCCCUGCGAAAAGUCUGCAACCACCCCGAUCUCUUCGAAACCAGGGCUAUUGUGACCUCUAUGGCCAUGCCAAAAUCUGUUGCUGCUCAGUUUGAGAUCAAAGACUUGCUGAUCCGGAAAAGACUAUGUGAAGGUAUGGAGGAUAAGACGGUGAAUCUUGAUGCUCUCAGUUUGGUUUUCGCUCACCGAGAAAACACGUCCGUGUUGCAUGCUCGACGAUCACAGCAGAUUCGUGCAACCCGGCCACUGAAAGAUCUUGUCGAGCGCCAGACACGCCGGUUGAACCAGCCUGUCGAGAAGGGCACUAACCAACUUCAGUCGACAAUGGCCGCUUUGGCGCGAAGAGAGCAGACCGCGGUUCGGGACCACCUCCAGACCUGCCUCGAAUUGACAAGGCAGCGUACUCAGUUCAUGCCACUAUACGGCAAAGGAUUACGAGAUCGACUUACGGUUGACUACAUGGAUUACGCUUUUGGCGCCGACGAACCCGAAACCAAAAUAGUCAUUAGUGAGCCUUCAACGCAGCCACAGCAGCCGAAGAAUGCAUUCACGCAAGCGACACAGGAGAAAGAAAUUGUGACUAUAACGAAACCCGGUAAGAAGGGUUUGCUUGGCUACCGUCAACCCAUUCGACCUAGCUUGGCAUCAGUUUGGUGUCAGCAACAGACCACCAUUCUCCAAGACAUGGUCCCAACCCUGGAGCAACGUGCGGAAUCUCUGGAACCCAUUCUCACCAAUUUUAUCUGUGUUACUCCCGCUGUCGCUGCCGAUGAAAUGGCGCCUCUGUUCCUGUCACGGCGCGGUGUUCAGCAGAUCAGGUCGUCUCAAAUGGCACGAUUUCGCGAUCCGUUCCACGAACCACGCAUGCGGCAAUCCAUCGCUUUCCCUGACAAACGGCUUCUCCAGUAUGACUGUGGAAAACUGCAGCGUCUAGCCACGCUACUUCGAGACCUGCAAGCAGGCGGACAUCGUGCGCUCAUCUUCACCCAAAUGACCAAAGUCCUCGAUAUUCUUGAGCAAUUCCUCAACAUCCACGGUCAUCGCUACCUUCGACUAGACGGCGCAACCAAAGUGGAACAACGACAGAUCCUGACGGACCGUUUUAACAACGACCCUAAAAUCCUCUGCUUCAUCCUUUCCUCCCGCUCUGGCGGUCUCGGCAUCAACCUUACGGGUGCCGACACUGUCAUCUUCUACGACCUCGACUGGAACCCAGCUAUGGACAAGCAAUGUCAAGACCGUUCCCAUCGUAUCGGUCAAACACGAGACGUCCACAUUUACAAAUUCGUCUCCGAAUACACCAUUGAAGCCAACAUCCUACGCAAAAGCAAUCAAAAACGUUUGCUCGACGAUGUCAUCAUUCAAAAGGGCGAUUUCACGACCGAUACCUUCAACCGCGUGACUUGGCGCGACGCCCUGAACGACGAUUCUACCGCCCUCUCACUCGGUGACGAAGCUGGCGCAGCUAUGGACCGCGUGCUCGGCGAAAAAGCAGGGCUCCUUGGCGACGCGCGCGUCAUGGGUGUCGUCGAAGACACAGAAGAUCGCAACGCGGCGUCGGUCGCGCAAAAAGAAAUCGUUGACGAAAUUCAUGACGACCACGUUGACUUCUCGGAGUCUGCAAAUCUCACGCCCAAGGACGCUAACACCCGCGCGGCAUCUGCCGAAGCUGUCAACGAUGUGCCUGGCUUGCUCAGAGGCGAGAGUCUGAGUAAACAUGUCGAUGAGUACAUGUUGGAGAGAUUCAGGGACGAGUUCGGCAAGGAACCGUAUCGUCCACCUACAGAUCGCCAGAGGAGACAUCGAAAGGGCCAGGAUCGCCAUCGAACGGGGAAGAAGAAGAGGUAUUGAUUAAGCUGUAUAUCAAAACUCCUGCUUGCGUGGUUAAAGGAGGUGUAUAAUGUGUUAUUGUUUGGUCAUGUGUGUUAGCGAUCCCUUUCCCCUCUUCACUUCUCGAGUCCGCCCGCCAUUUUCAUACUGCGUGCGUAUGGAAGCGUGUGUAUGGACUCGUAUGUGUAUAACUACUAAAACGUCUCUCUCUUUCUCGGUGUUUCUCCGACCAUGUUCGUAGAAUCAAGCUUGUCGGCAGCACGAUUACUAGAGACGCUUAUUAAUUCAUGGGAUGCAUGGGUUAGGCUAGGUGACGGCUGGAUAUGUUUUAGAAUAAAAUGUAUUAGUACUUGCUGCGCUUGGCUUCCCACAGUUGUCUUUCGCGUGGAUAUGUUUGUCCUGGAAAUGUACAUGUGGAUGAGCGUGCUUCGGGUGUUUGGGUGUAUGU